ACAGAUCUCUUCCAUGUGGUCUUGGAUAUUGUGAAUCAUACGUAAGGGACGAUGUGCACAAUUGUCCGGUGAAUCACCUUUAUUUUUCUGCAAGGAAACGAGUGACAGCAAUUUGCAGGAGAAGAAGAAUUGAUGACUACCUAAUUGAUCCUAGAGGUCCUCGUGUCAAGCCUGGCGAUCCUUCACAUCACAGGAAGAGGUUUGAGUGAGCCUCUUCUCCCAUGCUUACGGCCUCCGUCCGCAGACUUCAUUCAGUCACGCAUGUGGUCGUCCUUGGUGCAAGACAACAUCCACGAGACCAACAGCAGCACCCUCCACAGGAUGGUGUCCUCUUCCUCAAGGUCGUCUUCUUCCAACUCUUCUCUGCUCAUCUCAGAAACGCCAAGGAGGACCAUGGAGGAGGUGUGGAAAGACAUCACUGUCACCGCCCUCAACAGGGAGAGGGCCAUCACACCCUUGGAACACCAUGGUUACGGUCGCCAUCACCACCACGCAAACUCCUCACCUUCCUUCAGGGACAUGAUGUUGCAGGACUUUCUCGCCGGACCAUCGAGCAGGCCCCUCACCAUCUCGCCGCCUGCAGUCGAGGAGCUACCGCUGCCGCUACCUCCAACCCCUCCUGCCCUCCCUCAGACGGCCUUCAGUUUGAACUCCGGGAUGGAGUUGCAGUACCUGGGACCUGACCCCAAGACCCACUCCGAUUCAACCUCUAGCAGCCACAACGCCUCCAUUAUCUCCUCUGCAUUCUCCUCUGUGAUGGCAGGUCCGCCGUCGCCCACUGGGCUUUUCUCAUUCUGCUCCAAGAAGCAGCGGUUACGAGAAAACCCCACCGUUGGUGUCGACCGUCGCUUUCAGAGAUUGAUCAAGAACCGGGAGUCUGCAGCCCGAUCACGCGCAAGGAAACAGGCCUAUACUAAUGAGCUGGAGUUGGAGGUCUCACAUCUGAAGGAGGAGAACGCCAAACUGAAGAAGCAAUAUGAGGAGCUUCGUUUGGCAAUGAAUCUACCCAAAAGAAACACACUUAAAAGGAGCUGCACUUCAUCAUUUUGAGAGACAAUCCCUAUGCCAUGUUCUUCCCUUUCUUUUCUGCAGAAACAGAACAGUAGGGGUUGCGUUAUGCCAUUGCCUGUGCAGAUAUAGCAUAGAUUCCUUUAGACAUCUCGAUCUCCGUCAUCUGAUGAGGAGCCCAAAAAUGAGCUUCUUUUCGGCUAUCAUGUUACGCAGUCUCCAUCUAAAUGUAUACACAAGUGGCAGUAGUGUCUUAGUAUAUGGUUCACAGUGGUGUGCAUUAUUUCGAGUCACAUUUUUACGUAGAUGGGAUGAAAUGUUGUGGUUAGCCGGUGAUUGAUACGGUAAACGGCAAAAGGCGCAGCAAGCUGGUGCUCGGUUGUGCGUGGGGGUGGAGUGGGCUGCCUUCCGUAUUAGUGGUGGAGGGUGUCUACUGUGGACAAAGCCUCCCCACCUUGAGGACGGACGCUGGCGGCCAGUCCAUUUGGUCGGAAGCGGCGCGGCGGCCACCACCGGAUCAUGACCGCGGCUGUGCUCUAUUGGCAAUCAUGUGUGCCUACGUGCUUGAGAAGAAGCAUAUGUAUACGAGGGCUGAAACUUCUAUAGGAACAAAGAUAUGAACUCUAUAGACAGUAAACUUUUUUCUA